GAAAAUCAAAACCCUAGAUCCUACGGUCAAAAACACGUUAUAAAACAAUCGGAACAAACCCUAAGCCGCUGUCUCCACAUUCAUCCUCCUUUUUUGCAUCGUCCGCCUCUCUGCUCUCAGCCACGCCCAGGCCAAAAUGCCUUUCAAGCGGUACGUGGAGAUCGGGCGAGUCGCUCUCGUCAACUACGGCAAAGAAUACGGCAGGCUCGUCGUCAUAGUCGAUGUCAUUGAUCAGAAUCGGGCUCUUGUGGAUGCACCCGACAUGGUGAGAUGCCAAAUGAACUUUAAGAGGCUUUCACUCACUGAUAUCAAAAUUGACAUCAAAAGGGUGCCUAAGAAAAAAACAUUGAUUGAAGCUAUGAAUGCCGCGGAUGUUAAGAACAAGUGGGAGAAUAGUUCCUGGGGCAGAAAGUUGAUUGUCCAGAAGAGGAGGGCCUCUCUUAAUGACUUUGAUAGGUUCAAGAUCAUGUUGGCAAAGAUUAAGGUUUGUUAUGAUGCAAUCCCUGUGUGUUGCUGUUUAAUUUUUCCCAUCUCUCUACUUAAUUUUUUGUGGAUUCAGACUAGAACCCCACUGGAAAUGGCCCAAUCUAAUAUAUUUGUUUAAUAUGCAUUUGCAGAGGGGUGGAGUGAUCAGGCAAGAGCUGGCAAAGCUGAAAAAACAGACUGCAUCCUAGGCACUAGUUUUCAAUGGGAUCCCAAUUUUGUUAUGAAUUUUCUGCAAUUUGGAUUGUUUUGUCUAUUAGUUUUAAAGUUUAAAAGCUACUUAAGAAACUUCUUGUAUCUUUUUACAGACCAGUAAUCAGUCUUAGUUUUUUUUGGUGAGACUAUUAUGUUAAGAUGCAUGGAUGUGAUCACUGGGUUGUUUAUCACCACUAUAAGGUUGCUGUCUUUGUCGUCUAAUUUCCUAUGGGAAUUGGAUAGGGUGUGAUUUAGAACAAAUCAACAUGCAUCUAUAAGCUCUGGGAUUUCAUUUA